AGGUUGCUGUGAGCUAGGCUGAUGCCACGGCACUCUAGCCCGGCCUAAUUACAAGUUUUUAUACUUUUAUAUAAUCAUACUAGUCUUAGCUUUCCCAACAGUCCUAUGAAGCAUACACUCUUAUGAUCCCUAAUUUAUUGAUGAGGAAACUGAGGCAGGAUGGGAUUUAGCUUCAAGUUAGUUUAACCUGCAGUCCACACAUUUAACCCACCCUGUUAUACUCUGGAUCCCAAACACUGCUUCCACAAAAGCUUCCCAGGAGACCAAAGAACAGAACAAAUGAUCAGUAAAGCUUUAUUUAGUCUCGAGAAGAGAAAGCUUUAGUGGGUUAUUCAGAGUUAUAUAUUAAUACUGUGUGUUUUGUCUUCACUGAUAAGGGUAAAUUAAGAUAAACUUUAAAAUGAGGGAUUUGGACUGGCAAAGUGAAGAAUUCCUGAUUUAACCAUUCACGUGAGUUACCAGGGAGCCCAGAGGAAGCUUUCAUAUUACAAAAUAAAAAAGACCAAAUCGUUAGCUUCUUACUUGUGUUAUUAAAUACUUUCCUUUUUUUUCAUCUAGACGGUAAAUUAAUUUCUCUUUUAUAUGAUAUCAGUAUAAAGGGCCCAGUUGGUUUAAAUGAACCACUUUGCUUUAACUUUAUACACAAUAGCAGUUGACUUUGUUUCCUACCAAAUUGGCAGACAUAAUUUUAGAAUAUGCGUCAUGUUUAUGUCACCCUAAGAACAUCAUCUAGUAAACUGGUGAGCUGAGUGCCGAAUGAAUAUGGGAGCAGUAGGUCUCUCUGCCCCUUCACACUGAGGCUGACCUUGUAACUUUCUCCUGUCCCUCUCAACUCUGCCAUGGACUCUAGAAAGAGAUUGGAACUGCAGACCACAGGGGUGGUCUCACACUGUAAAAUACAUGCCCAUUCCAGGGACCUGCUGAGCACAGGCUCUGAUGCAGUAGGGCAGGGGUGCUGCGUUUGUGACAAGCUGCACAGGCCACGCUCACAGCUGAAUGGCAUAGCAGAGGAAAGCCCACUUUGGCAUCACACAAAUUGGCAUCCAAUCAGAGAUUUCAUUGAAAAACUCUGUGGUCAUGGGCAAUUAUGUAGUUCUUGUGAGGCUUCAUUUAGUCUGUAAAAGGAAGAAAAUAUCUAGCUCACGAGGAAGCUACUACUGUUAUACGGAAUCUACUGAAUUCAGCACACGCCACAUCUGAAUACAGGUUCCUUGCGCAGCCCUUUUGCACACUGGGUGCGGAUGCUGUUGACUGAAUGCUUGUUUGUAGUAGAGGCGUCUGUGCAAAAGGGGACCUGUGUGUGUGUAUUAGUGCACACAUGGACAUCUGUGUGUACACAAAGUGAUGUAUGCAAGACCCUGGAAACCCUGGAGUUCAGGCAUUUGAAAAGCACUUCUGUGAGGCCACGGUCGUCACAGUUACUCUUUGUCCUUAACACAUCUUUCAGAUUUAGACAAAAAAAGACCUGCAGAGCUGAAGAUGGAUCAGGCUUUGCUACUCAUCCAUAAUGAACUACUUGGGACAAACUUGACGAUCUACUGGAAAUCUGAAUGGUGCUAUCAGUGCUUGUUUCAGGUGCUGGUCAGUGUCUCUCAGAGUAAAAAACCCGGCGAGCCCAGCAUUGCAGCCGUCUCUGUCAGCACCCAGCACGGCUCCGUCCUGCAGCUGAACGAUACCCUGGAAGAGAAAGAAAUUUGUAGGCUGGAAUACAAAUUUGGAGAAUUUGGAAACUAUUCUCUUUUGGUAAAGCACAUCCAUAAUGGAGUCAAUGAGAUUGCCUGCGACUUAGUUGUCAAUGAGAAUCCAGUUGAUAGUAAUCUUCCUGUGAGUGUUGCAUUCCUCAUUGGUUUAGCACUCAUCAUUGCGGUAUCCCUUCUGAGGCUCUUGUUUAGUUUGGAUGACUUUAAUAAUUGGAUUUCUAAGGCAAUAAAUUCUCAAGAAACUGAUCGCCUCAUCAAUUCUGAGCUGGGAUCUCCCAGCAGGACAGACCCUCUUGGCGGCGACAUCCAGCCAGCCGCGUGGCGCCCGUGCAGCCCUGCACCCCGCCUCCGCUGUGUGGACACGUUCAGGGGGAUAUCUCUCAUACUCAUGGUCUUCGUCAAUUACGGAGGAGGAAAAUACUGGUACUUCAAGCAUGCAAGCUGGAAUGGACUGACGGUGGCUGACCUUGUUUUCCCAUGGUUUGUAUUUAUUAUGGGAUCUUCAAUUUUUCUAUCAAUGACAUCUAUACUGCAACGGGGAUGUUCAAAAUUCAGAUUGCUGGGGAAAAUUGCAUGGAGGAGUUUCCUGUUAAUCUGUAUAGGAAUUAUCAUCGUGAACCCCAAUUAUUGCCUUGGUCCAUUGUCCUGGGAUAAGGUGCGAAUUCCCGGUGUUCUGCAGCGAUUGGGAGUGACUUACUUUGUAGUUGCUGUGUUGGAGCUUCUCUUUGCUAAACCUGUGCCUGAAAAUUGUGCCUUGGAGAGGAGCUGCUUUUCUCUUGGAGAUGUCACGUCCUCCUGGCCCCAGUGGCUCCUCGUUCUGACGCUGGAAAGCAUCUGGCUGGGCUUGACAUUCUUCCUGCCGGUUCCUGGGUGCCCGAUUGGUUAUCUUGGCCCCGGUGGCAUUGGAGAUUUGGGGAAGUAUCCGAACUGCACUGGAGGAGCUGCGGGCUACAUCGACCGCCUGCUGCUGGGGGAAGAUCACCUCUAUCAGCACCCGUCUUCCGCCGUACUUUAUCACACCGAGGUGGCCUAUGAUCCAGAAGGAAUCCUAGGGACCGUCAACUCCAUCGUGAUGGGCUUUUUUGGAGUGCAGGCAGGAAAAAUACUCUUGUAUUACAAGGAUCAGACCAAAGCUAUCCUGAUCAGAUUCACUGCCUGGGGUUGUAUUCUAGGCCUUAUUUCUGUUGCUUUGACAAAAGUUUCUGAAAACGAAGGCUUUAUUCCAGUAAACAAAAACCUCUGGUCCAUUUCCUACGUCACCACGCUCAGCUGUUUUGCCUUCUUCAUCCUGCUGGUCCUGUACCCGGUCGUGGAUGUGAGGGGCCUGUGGACAGGAGCCCCGUUCUUUUAUCCAGGAAUGAAUUCUAUUCUGGUGUAUGUAGGCCACGAGGUGUUUGAGAACUACUUCCCCUUUCAGUGGAAGCUGCAGGAUAACCAGUCGCACAAGGAACAUCUAACUCAGAACAUAGUCGCCACUGCUGUCUGGGUGCUCGUUGCCUACGUACUCUAUAGAAAGAAGAUUUUUUGGAAAAUCUGAUAGGUCCUGCUAAGAUGUGUUGCUGGAAGACUCUAGUGGCUGGGGGGAAAGUAUUAAAGCAGCCUUUAUUAUUAAAGGAAAUCAUUAAUUAUAAAACCAAUAGGAUGUGUAUUUCCAGGUUUGGGGGGAAGAUGCUGAUGUGGUCAAACUAGUGUUCUGUGACUAGGCUCGUGAGAACUCUGCCUAUUUAGUUGUGACUUACAUAUUUGAAAAGAAAUUGUUUUUUUUCCUCCAUUUUCUCUGGAAAUGGAUGUAUUUGGCACUUCAUUCUAAGGAGAUCACCUUUAACUUUCAAAAAGGGAAGUACCAUAGGCAUUUUUCUUCUGUGACGGAAAAAACAGUCCAAGGACUGAUUCUUACUGAUCUGUUUCCCUGCACGCUACCUUUUCGUGUGUACACGCGUACUGACCAAAGUACCAUCGCUUCGGUUGUGGCUGUCAGGCUUCUCGAAUGUGACGUGUCAUAAUGUAGUCUGAUACUUUUUAAGUGCAACUUAAUGUUUCAAAAAAGCCAAAGUAAUUUUCUUUUCAGAUCUAUAAGGCUUUGAGGGGUCCAAAAAAUGUCUAUCACAAGCCAUUUUCUCCUUUUCCCCACUUGGAAAAGAAAGCUAAAAUAUAGAUGUGUUUUUCCCAAGCCCUCUCACUUGCCUGCCUGCUGGCCUGCCUGCCUUCCUACCCAGCUCUCUGUGCGUCUGUGUGUGUUGAUGGUAGCUGGGAGCCCAGCGACGUGGCUGUGGGGGGAGGAAGGCUCACCGCCCUCGCUGCUGGGCCCAGCCUUGCCCUCAUGCCGUGUGAGCCGCUGGGCAAGUCCUUGGCCUGUUUGGGCCUUGGUUUCCUCAUCUGUGAAAUGAGAUGGAUGGAGAUGACCUCUCAGUUCCUUUCCCAACUCUUAGAUGUGAUGAGGUAAAGUACAGUGAUAGCUUUUCUGAAAGCUUCAGAAAAUAAUUUUAUUACAGAAAAUGCUUCAAAAUAAAUACUAAUGAAAACUUUUAAAAGCUCUCAUUGGAGUGAAGCUCUUCAAAAUGACCCUCCACAGUGAGGCACCUUUCCUGCUUAUAACCACAAAACUGAAGAAAUAGUUUCUAGGAGCGAAGGGAGAUCACAGAAACAGCACUUUUCAAAUGAUGCAUCAUCAUACUUACAAAUUUCUGUGAGAAUUUCAUAUUUAAGGAAAAUGUGGCCAUAGAAUUGUGCUUUAGAGCGCACUUCCGUGGUGAGAUGGGGCCAUCUCCACCUGCUCCAUUGUCUCAGCUGUCACCACUGCAUGGAUAGCUUUCUUGUUUGUUUCCAGCUCUGGCCUCUGCCCCCAACUCUCACCCAACUGUAACUGCCUGCUGGACCCCCCACCUGGACAUCAGCCAGCAUCUCAGGCUCACCUCUUCCCUCCUCCCUGUCCUCAAAUCUUUUAAACCUCUUUGGAUGUUCCUAGCUCUGUGAAUGGAUCCUUCUGUCUGGAGGUAUAAAACUGCCACCAUCUUCUCGCUCACCUCACCUUUCCUGCACUAGUCAUUGCCAAAUCCUCUCUAUUCUGUCCCCAUCUUCCACCUGCAACUGCUUCGCUCUCAUUGUCACUGCCUCAUUACCUUGUAAUCAUUUUUAAACUGGCCCCCUUCCCUCAGUCCCUGCUCCUGUGGAGCCACGUGUGCAUGGCUGCCAGAUGAGGCUUUCCCAAGCAGAGCUUGGAUCAGAUCAUCUCUCUUUAAAAAACUCCCAUUGAAAUGGAAACAUCUUUGUGUGACACCAUAACCUUCCCACCGCGAUCCCAGUGCGUCUUUGCAGGCUGCUUUCCCACCCCUCUCGCCUGCCCUGCUGCAGCCCCGCUAGAUUCCCACCGUGCCCGUCACAGCCAGUGAGAUCCUGCCUCUGCUUUCAGUUGGAGUCUUUCUGGGUUACCAUUUCCUCUUAAUUUUUUCCUGUCUACAUUUGGCUGGUCAUUUUCAAACCCCAUACUUCCAAGGUAACCUUCUCUAACCUCUUAUUCUCAUCCUCAAAUAGUAUUUAUUUCCUCGGGGUUCUCAUAAUAUUGGUAUCAAUCUCAUGGCAUGUAGUGCUUUCUGCCUUCUGUGAUAGUUAUUUGUGUACAUGUGAUUUCUAAUUUCCCAUGCUGGACUGUGAGUCUCCUAAGGGCAAGAAUUAUGCCUUGUUCAUCUGUGUAUUCUUCAUGGCACCACACACAGUGCCUUGUACGUAGCAGGCACUAAAUAAACAUUUUUAAAGCAAA